AGAAGAAAGAGCAGAAUGGACAUUAAGCAGUGGAAGUUGUGGGAUUGUGUACGCGGACAACACCUGCUGUUCGACACUUCGGGGUCUACGCUUUAUCAACUCAGUGCGUGGCUUCCCCUCACAAUAGACAGAGCGCUGUCCUCAGUUGUCGCCUUGGGAGCGAAUAUCAUUUGCAACAAGAUCCCCGGACUGGCGCCCCGGCAGCGGGCCAUCUGUCAGAGCCGCCCGGAUGCCAUCAUCGUGAUCGGCGAAGGGGCACAGAUGGGUAUCAACGAGUGCCAAUAUCAGUUCAGGUACGGCCGCUGGAAUUGCUCGGCCCUCGGGGAGAAAACCGUCUUCGGACAGGAGCUACGAGUGGGUAGCCGGGAAGCAGCAUUCACUUACGCCAUCACCGCGGCCGGAGUGGCGCACGCCGUGACUGCCGCCUGCAGCCAAGGGAACCUGAGCAACUGCGGCUGUGACCGAGAGAAGCAGGGCUACUACAACCAGGAGGAGGGCUGGAAGUGGGGCGGCUGCUCUGCCGACAUCAAGUACGGCAUCGAGUUCUCAAGGAAAUUCGUCGACGCGAGGGAGAUUAAAAAAAAUGCCAGGAGGCUGAUGAAUCUCCAUAACAACGAGGCGGGGAGAAAGAUUCUGGAGGAAAGGAUGAAGUUGGAAUGCAAGUGUCAUGGAGUCUCUGGCUCGUGCACAACCAAGACGUGUUGGACAACUCUUCCCAAAUUCAGAGAAAUUGGAUACGUCUUGAAGGAGAAGUACGGUGAGGCAGUUCACGUGGAAGCGGUGAGGGCCAGCAGGUUACGCCAGCCCACCUUCCUUAAAAUCAAGAAGCCCAGGACCUAUCGAAAGCCAAUGGACACGGAUUUAGUUUACAUCGAGCGAUCGCCGAACUACUGUGAGGAGGACAGCUCGACGGGGAGCGUGGGCACCCAGGGGCGGUUAUGUAAUCGCACCUCCCACCACGGAGAUGGCUGUGACCUGAUGUGCUGUGGGCGGGGUUACAACACGCACCAGUAUACCAAAGUGUGGCAGUGCAACUGCAAGUUCCACUGGUGCUGCUUCGUCAAGUGCAACACGUGCAGCGAGAGGACCGAAGUCUUCACCUGUAAGUGAGAAUGCUGCCACCCAAACAGAAAACAACAACAGAUGGACACUCCGCCCUCGAGGUGGAGAAUCACAACAAAAGGAAAAAAAAACAGAAAGGAAGAAACGAGGAGUCAACGAAAACACGUGAGAUUGAGUGGGAAUGAAGAUCAACUCGCUACACAACCCCACACCUUGCGUGAAACACGUUGCGAGUCGACCGGCUUACGUUUCUACACCACGAUCACAAUAAAACACGAGUUGGUUGCAAUUCGAUAUACCAGGUGCCGGUGCAAGCCUGCGGCAGUUGCAGUACACUCUGGGAGCUGCAGUCCAUUCUGACGGGCAGUAUUAUUAUUAUUAUUAUUAUUAUUAUUAUUAUUAUCAUCGACAUCUGUAUGGCAAGUGAUGGGUAAACAAACUACAACUCCCAGAAAGCCAUGCACUUGACAAUCUUGCCUCGAGUUCACAAUUUCCACCCGAAACUCCACUUAUAUGUGGCACUACCCUCACACAAACAAUAUGUUUUCCAACACAAAAUAAGAAGUGUGUGAGACACAAAGCUGGCACUAAGGGAGUCAUCAAAUGGCGAAGCAAGAAAACUAUUGUUCAGUGCUGUUAAGGACUGGAAAUGACUUAGCUGCAUCGCCCCAGACGUGUUGGGCUGAGCUCCAGAGCUGAAGGGAAGAUGGGCAAAUCCAGCUGUUAUCUUGUUUAAGACUGACUAAAGAAGUGUCUUGUUCAGUCUCACUGGAGCUAUUUGGAUAUCAGAAAAAAAGUUUAUUUAUGUUAUAGAAUGAACAAAUCUAAGCACUAACGGGUAGUAAUAUUGUAAAUUUUUUAUGUAAACCUGUUAGAUUCUUUCCUGACUUAUAACGCAUUAAUUUUGAUAUUUCUCCAAAUGUUUCUAUGACACUAAUCUGCUUAUACAUUGAUAGUUUAACAGAAAGUGUGGCUAGAAUGACACAGAGGGAUACACAAAUAGUUUAAAUCCUAAAAUUUACAUCAAGCUAUUCAUUGUUUUGAAUACUCUUUAAAAAUAUUAAUUUAUUUUGAAAGGAAGUUCCUGAAUGCUGGGACCAAGGGACAUAAAAUGCUACAGGUAUGGCUGACAAUAAUUAUUGAUAAAAAGCAAUGUUUUUAUAGUUAUGGAAAUGCUAUGACCCAGGAAAAUAUGCAUCGGUACUUAAUGUGAUUAGUAUUGCUUCUUCUAUUAUUUUGUGCCAUUUUCCAUGUGCAGAAUGGGGAUAUGCUGGAAAAGGGUGAUUUUGACAAAUUAUGCCCUGUUGGUUUUUGCAAUAUAAGUAUUAUAUUUCACUAAAUAUCAGUAAUGCAAUUUUCUGAUUGGUUGGUCUAUAUGUAGCUUUGUAUCCCUGCAUUGUGCAUUACGUUAUGUAUGGAGCGUUCCAGUAGCUGCUUGCUCUUUGUAUCCACAGUACAACGUGUGUCCAUCUUCCAUAAUACAAAUGGUACACUUUAAAUAUUUAGUGGGAGAGAGUUGUCUAUGUAACAAUAUACAUAAAUGUUUUAGGGAUGUGUGUCAGAAUACUGGUAUGAUUACUCUUCAUUUUGGGAAAAUGAACCAAAAAUAAUUUUACAAAAUUCAUUUUCAUUCCACUGAUCAUAUCCUUUCAGUUGUCAAUCAUGGUUGUUUUAAAAUAAUUUAUUUGGGAAAGAAAAGACCACUCCUACAGCUCACAUGUAGGAAACAUUUAGCGGACCCGAAUUGACCACGUCAAUACUACUCUACACUGCAACAAAUAUAAAGAAAUGUACCUCAAAAUUCUCUUUCCCAGCUUUGUAUUUUUCCCAUUCUCAUAACAAUCAGGUAACACAACUUAUGCUCAUGUUGACAGGACAAUGCUGAUGGCACCUACUCCAAAGCCUCUGCUAGUAUUUCUCUAAGGCGGCAGAGAAUACUCUCUGGUAUUCAUCCUCUGGCAAUGAACCUACAGCAUCAAAUACUGAAUGUCUGUCAGUUGUACGAGAGUCUCAAGUUUCCGUCCUUCUGACAACAAAAGUCCUUUUGAAGACAGAUGCUGCAAAAUCUCUUAAAUAUGGUGCAUUCACAUAUUGGAGUAUAGAUGCUCCAUUAGAGAACUUCUCUGAAUUAAAAAAAACUGCAAAACUCUUACUGUAGGAUUUACAGGGAGCUAAGAUUACGCAGUAAAAGAUAUUGGGACAACAUUGUGCAUCCGCUUGAAAUUCUAACACUUUGGGACCAAACUGAGUAACACUGGGAAAUGUACCAGAUGAUUACAACACACAACUCGCACUCAGUUUCACACAAUGAGCCGCAAUCAUUUUGGUGACUAGUUAGCAUUAACUGCACUUCUUCCUGUCUCAGUUAACUUCCACUGAGCCCAAUGUUGUGACUUAGCAUCAGCUGAAGUAGGCUAAUGAUGACUGCACCAACCUUCAUCUGUUAAAGGACAGGACAUUGUAGCUGGAGGAUGGAGGGGAAGCUUAGUGGAACUUUCAAAAGUUCUGCCUGGUCAUAAGUAAGAAUGGGCACUCUCAUUUCUAAGACAUGGACACUAGGAACUGCAGAUGCUGGUUUACCAAAAAAACAUCCAAAGUGCUGGAGCAAAUGAGCAGGUCAGGCAGCAUCACUGGAGAACAUGGAUAGGCAACGUUUGGGUUGGAACACUUUUUCUGAGGAAGGGUCCCGACCCGAACCGUCAUAUAUCCAUGUUCUCCAACGAUGCUGUCAGACCCGCUGAGUUACUCCACCAUUUUGUGUGUGUCUCUGAUUUCUAAUAUGUCUCUGGGGAAUGAGGAGUAGAGAGUGGUACUCCUCUGGUAGGGCGCUAGGAAGUUCGCCAUGCCUCGUAACAGCACAGCAAGGUGAACAUUAAGUAUCAAACGCAAGCUCAACCGCCAUCAAAUCACAUUUUGUAUUUCCUACACCACUGGAUUUCUACAUAAAAUACAUCCCAACCUUCAGACUCAAAAAUAUUGUAUACCAUAAAAGGUAGAUUACUAGAUAAGCACAGUUAGUUAUGGACAUUAGUACCCUGUAGCUGGGUGCCUGGUCCACUAUGGGCUAAGCUGCACAUUAGCUUGUGUACAGUCCCAAUCUUCCAACCUACCUCAUUACAGGCAUUGGACCUUUUCUCUGGAACUGUUACGCUACGGUGCUCGUCUCUGCUCUCUGGUAUUUUCCCUUUGCACUGCCUGUUUUACUUGUGUGUGGCUUGAUUGUAUUUUUAGUUUAGUUUAGAGACACAGCAUGGAAACAGGCCCUUCAGCCCACCGUGUCCAUGCCGAUCAUUGAUCACCCAUUCACACUAGUUCUAGGUUAUGCCCCUUCCACCUGCACAUUAGAAGCAAUAUACAGAGGCCAAUUAACCUGCAGACUCGCACAUCUUCAGUACAUGGGAGGAAACCCAUGCGGUCACGGGGGGAACAUGCAAACUCCACACAGACAACAUCUGUGGUCAUGAUUGAAUCCAGGUCUUUGGUGCUGUGAGGCAUAGUAUUCAUGUACAGUAUUAUCUACUUUGGAUAGCAUGCAAACAAAACCGUUUCACUGUACCUCAGUACCCGUGACUGUAAUAGAUCAAAACCAACCAUGUAAGUGCUCACAUAUCAGCUGAACAAAAGCACUACAACUUUCCACCCAAGAAGAAAAUACAUUUAAUUAUCCUUGAAUGCAUUCCCUUCCUAUUUAUAUAAAACUCUACAAUUUGCCAGAUCUGGUUAAUAUCUCCAUCAUGAGCUUGGAAAGAGCAAGUGGCAUUGAACUUCACUGCAAAUGCAGGAGCAAAAAAUUAACAUGCAAAACUCACCCCAGUGGUCUCCUAAAGAGGAUGUAUUUGUGGUGCACAGAGGUUUGGCAACCAGUUAUAAGGUUGGCCCAUUCAUCAGCUCAACAAAAGAAGUGUAAGAAAACUUUGAUAAAUAUACUUGGGUAUUUUUACAAAUGAAUAUGAGACAAACAUUCUGCUUUAAGUAUACCACUCAUUGCAAGCAGUUAUUCUCAAUUUAAAAAUAACCAAGGGCGUGUAUAGUCUUCUACUGAAGAUGGAACAUUGUAUUCUAAGCUGAAACCCUUGAGAAUAAAAUGCAAAACCCACUCUACUGGUUUAAUUGUUCCUUUUGGAUAUUUUUAUGAAAAGAUGCACUUCUAUCAAAGAUUGGAAGGGUGACAUUCAUACAUUUGUUAACAUGCUAUUUUUCAGUACCACAUAUAGACCAACCAAAAGAGACUCCAGUGUUCUGCUAACUCAUAGCAGCUUUGUUUAAUCCGCAAUAUAUAAAAAUUACUUUGCUUUUAAACAAGGCAUCGCCCCUCUAUUUAGAAGCCCAACUGAGUGUAUAUUUUCAGAGCGAAUAUUUUUCUAUUUGAUAUUUUUAUGUGCUUACAAAUAAUCUCGUGCCUUUUUGUAACCUUUUUAAAUAAAAAAUUGUUAUUCCCA